GUGUCCAAUCUGUUCGCGUCCACUGUAUAUGAGGCAGUAAGCAGAGGCUUUCUUCAUCUGUCGUACGCUUGAAUCAAUAUGUGAAAAUAGUCAGGCUGGCACUGUACAUUUUUACAAAGCCGAUGUGAAUGUGACUGCUGUGUUUAAUAUCAUCGUGAUUCGUCACGGCGAAGAGGCUUUCUAAAUCGUCCAUCAUAACCACUGUGGCUCAGAGCGCCCCCCAGAGGCCCUCCGAGGCGAGGCGGACCACCGGCACCACGGGUACCACCAUGAUGGAGGGGGGGAUGCAGCUGCUGAACCGCGACGGCCACACCAUCUCGCACAACUCCAAGCGGCACUACCACGACUCGUUCGUCUGCAUGAACCGCAUGCGGCAGCGCUCGCUGCUCUGUGACAUCGUGCUGCACGUGUCCAACAAGGAGAUCAAGGCACACAAGGUCGUGCUGGCGUCAUGCAGCCCCUACUUCCACGCCAUGUUCACCAAUGAGAUGUCGGAGAGCCGGCAAACCCACGUCACACUCCACGACAUCGACCCCCAGGCCCUGGAGCAGCUGGUGCAGUACUCCUACACUGCCGAGAUCGUGGUCGGGGAGGGCAACGUGCAGACGCUGCUCCCCGCCGCCAGCCUGCUGCAGCUGAACGGCGUGCGCGACGCCUGCUGUAAGUUCCUCCUCAGCCAGCUGGACCCGUCCAACUGCCUGGGCAUCCGCGGCUUCGCCGACACGCACUCCUGCAGCGACCUGCUGAAGUCGGCCCACAAGUACGUCCUGCAGCACUUUGUGGAGGUCUCCAAGACGGAGGAGUUCAUGCUGCUGCCGCUCAAACAGGUCCUGGACCUGAUCUCCAGUGACAGCCUCAACGUGCCGUCGGAGGAGGAGGUCUACCGCUCCGUGCUCAGCUGGGUGAAGCACGACGUCGACGGCCGCCGCCAGCACGUCCCCUGGCUGAUGAAGUGCGUGCGCCUGCCUCUGCUGCGCCGGGACUUCCUGAUGAGCAGCGUGGACACGGAGCUGCUGGUGCGGCACCACUCGGAGGUGAAGGACCUGCUGAUCGAGGCGCUGAAGUACCACCUGAUGCCCGAGCAGCGCGGCGUGCUCAGCAACAGCCGCACACGCCCCCGCCGCUGUGAGGGGGCCAGCCCCGUGCUGUUCGCUGUCGGGGGGGGCAGUCUGUUUGCCAUUCACGGGGACUGCGAGGCCUACGACACGCGCACCGACCGCUGGCACAUGGUGGCGUCCAUGUCUACGCGGCGUGCCCGGGUGGGUGUGGCAGCCAUCGGGAACAGACUCUAUGCUGUUGGAGGCUACGACGGGACCUCGGACCUGGCCACGGUGGAGUCCUACGACCCCGUCACCAACACCUGGCAGCCUGAGGUUUCCAUGGGGACGCGGCGGAGCUGUCUGGGCGUGGCCGUCCUGCACGGCCUGCUUUACGCCGCGGGGGGCUACGACGGGGCGUCCUGCCUCAACAGCGCGGAGCGCUACGACCCUCUGACCAGCACCUGGACCUCCAUCCCCGCCAUGAGCACCCGACGGAGAUACGUGCGCGUGGCCACCCUGGACGGGAGUCUGUACGCCGUGGGCGGCUACGACAGCUCGUCACACCUGUCCACCGUGGAGAAGUACGACCCUCAGAGCAACGUGUGGACGGCCAUCGCCAACAUGCUGAGCCGCCGCAGCAGCGCUGGCGUGGCGGUGCUGGAGGGCCUGCUGUACGUCGCCGGGGGCAACGACGGCACCAGCUGCCUCAACUCCGUGGAGCGCUUCAACCCCAAGACCAACAGCUGGGAGGGCGUGGCCCCCAUGAACAUCCGCAGGAGCACCCACGACCUGGUGGCCAUGGACGGCUGGCUGUACGCCGUGGGCGGGAACGACGGCAGCUCCAGCCUCAACUCCAUCGAGAAGUACAGCCCCCGCAGCAACAAGUGGGCGGCGGCCUCCUGCAUGUUCACGCGCCGCAGCAGCGUGGGCGUGGCCGUUCUGGAGCUGCUCAACUUCCCCCCGCCGUCCUCGCCCACGCUCUCCGUAAGCUCCACCAGCCUCUGACCCGGGGCCCGCGCCCCCACCCGCCGGGGGGGCUGGGCCCUGGCCCCGCCCCCGGCCCGGGCCCUGGCCCCGCCCCCGCCCUUAGCCCCGCCCCCACCCGUCCUAGCAACCGCCGCUAAAGCCCAGACUGGCUCUGGGAAACGGAGGAACUGCUCUAUAUGAGAGAGAGAGAGAGAGAGAGAGAGAGAGAGAGAGAGAGAGAGAGAGAGAGAAUGGCUGAAAGUGUAGGGUUGAGUGUUUUAAGUAAAUUGUUAGAGGUUUAUUGGUGAUACAUACAUAUAUCUAUAUAUAUAUAGAUAUAUGUAUGAGUAUGUGAUAGGUCAUUGACUUAUUUUAUUUCCCUGUUCAGCAGAAUGGUCGGCGCCCUUCUAAAAGCCUACAGGCAGAUGUUUAAAGAGGAAGAAAAUAUAUGCUCAACAUUUUAAACAGAAAAGUAUUUUUGUCCCUGAGAAUAUAGAAUUGAUAAUUGAUGUAUUUUCAGUUCUUAUCAAGGGCCCCAGUCGGCCUUAUCUCAUAGCGGCCCCCUGGGUUCUAGGCGCUAGCUGGGGGGCCUCUGUUAGGACCGAGGGGGUCGCUGACUGAAGAAGGCCUAAUCAGACUCCGUCAGAAGGUACCCCUCCCAACCUCUCUCCCAUCCUCCAGUGUUUCACACUAUUCCUAUAAGCUGUGAGAGUCAUCGAAUGUCAUGUGUACCGUAGUGGUCAUUAUUGUCGAGCUGCACCAGAAAAUUGUUAACUCAUGUUUUUGUAAUUAUUUGUUUAAUUUGAGGAAUGUGAUUCUUAAUUGGAAAUGCCAUGCAUGUUUACAGGCAUUGUCUCAUCAGGAGAUUAAAGAUGUUGUAGUGCGGCUAUGCCACACUAGGUGGCAGUAACGGCAAUGUUUUCCAACCCCGGGAGCAUGGCCACCAACAUGGGACAUGCCCUAUCGUUAAUCCAAACACGGCUCGGGCUCGGUCCUUUUGGAGAACAAAAGAAAAAGCGGGAUGUGCAAUUCAAUUAUAUUAUUUAUGACUUAUGUGUCUUGAUAAAAAGCAGUUUUUACGUGUUCUCCUUUGGUUUGCGGUUGUAUAUCAUGAUGAACGCAGCGCGAGUGUCCUAAUAUGGAUCAGUCAUGUUUGUGUUGGGGAGCCAGGCUUCUGAUUGUUGUGAGUCACUGAAUACUUUCGGUCAGCGAGCUCCACCACUCAUUUUAUGAACAAUGUCUCAAGCAUGAUCUAAAAAAAAAAAUCAGUGUUUUCUUCUUCUGAACAGAGGAUUUCUGUCUGCCUGCUAAAACAAAGCAAGGAAACGUUUUACUAAGCAGCUCAUUUUCCAGCCGAGGCAGAAGGGACUCAACGCUUCUGAGCAACAUGUAGUUUAGGAAGCAACAUGACACUGAAGAAAGCAUGACCUAAAACCCCUGACCUAGCGACCUCAGCCCUAUCGACCACUGACCUUACGACCUAACAACCUCUGACCUAGCGACCUCAGCCCUAUCGACCACUGACCUUACGACCUAACAACCUCUGACCUAGCGACCUCAGCCCUAUCGACCACUGACCUUACGACCUAAAGACCCCUGACCUAAUGACCUCAGCCCUAUCGACCACUGACCUUACGACCUAACAACCUCUGACCUAGCGACCUCAGCCCUAUCGACCACUGACCUUACGACCUAAAGACCCCUGACCUAACGACCACCUGACCCAACGACCUCUGACCUAACGACCAUCUGACCCCUGACCUAACGACCCCUGCCCCGGCUGGCUUCAUGGGGUACGGUGUAACGUGUUGCUGUCCCAUUUGAGUUUACUCAAGAGCGUAUCAGUUUUUAUGUUACCUCAUCUUUGUAUUAUUUAUUUAUUUUCGCUUUGCAAGCAAGCGUCUUCAAACGUGCGCGGACGAGUCUGGACGAAGACGACGAUACUGAGAUCAGAACGGAAAGUAACUGUUAAGCAUUAUCAGCGUAACGAUACUGGCCCCAGUCUGUAUCGGCCAACGAGGGUAGAAGAACGGACCCCCAAGGGCCACAUACACACACAGGCUUUCCUUUUGACCCUCUUAUCAAUACGUGGAUUCAUACGGGGUCGGUGAAACCAUUCCAAACUUCUGAGAAGUUCAAAUCGUUUCCUUAUUUUAUGGGGAUUUGACGGAUCCUUGGGCUGCGUCCCAAUCUGGGGGGGGGGCAGUGGGGGCCUUUGAGGAGCCCUGGGUGGGGGUUGGAUUACGACCCAGCAGCGGGAGGGGGGGGGGGAUAUGAAGGUGGAGUGUGCAGUAAGGGAGAGGAUCACAGAACCACCAGACCCCUCUCGUCCAGACCCCCCCCCCACACCAAACUUCUCAUCGGUGCACUUACCAUCGUCGCUUUUUAAAAUGAUUUCUGUGUCUGUUGUCUGCUGUUAAUUUAUACAUUCGUUUUUUUUGUUGUUUAUUUAUUAAGAAACUUAAAAUGAUGAAUUUUGCACUAUGUUGAAACAGAGCAAUACACUGUACGUAUACAAAGAAUAAAGAGGAUUUUGUCCUGGUGUGAAACAGUGCUGAUA